AUGUCUUACUACCAGUAUCAGGGAGUGCCGGGCGGUGCCUCGACGUACGAGACCGGGUACUACGGGUACGGCGGGUAUCCGCUGGAGCAGAGGCCUAUGAGCUGGGGCGCGGAGGGUACCGUGGGGCGCGGGCUCGACUACGGCCGCUCGUACGACGUGGGCACCACCCUCGGCAACAUCCCGACCGAAGAGCGCCUCAGCCUGGCCCGAGGCGGAAUGGGGAUGUGGCAACCCAAGUGCGUGGCGCUGGCGACGAACGAGGGCAUGCUGCUGGAGGCCUCGCUGCCCGGCGUGAAGCGCGAGGACAUCGACCUGCGGAUCAUCGACGGCGACCUCAUCCUGAGCGGCGAGCGCAAGGAGGAGCAAUUGUCGCAGAAGUUCAGGCGUAGGCUGUGGCUGCCCCAGGGCACGCAGAUGAACCAGCUCAAGGCCAGCUUCAAGGACGGAGUGCUCCACGUGCUCGUUCCCUUGCCCGGCCGCGGAAGCCAGAUGGGCGAGGGGGAGCGCCGCGAGACGAUGGAGAAGCAGCCCUACCAGGAGAGGCAGACGUACCAGGAAAAGCAGCCCUACCAGGAGAAGCAGCCCUACCAGGAGAAGCAGCCCUACCAGGAGAGGCAGCCUUACCAGGAGAAGCAGACCUACCAGGAGUGGGGCGGCACGCAGCAGCAGCAGCAGUACGCCGGCGGACCCACCGUCCAGCGCGGAGAGGAGGGCGGACCGAUCCCCGAAGCGGGCACCAAGGAGGAGACGAAGCCCCUCCUGGAGCAGGAGACCAGGCCGCUCUUCAUGGAGAGGGAGACGAAGCCCCUCCUGCAGAAGGAGAAGGAGAAAGAGACGGAAGAGCGGCCCUCCGGCAUCUUCAUCGGCGGCGGGGAAGCUGCCACCACCGGCGCGUCCAGCGUAUAA